AUGGACUCUUUGCCUAUGGAGCUUGGGAAAACAUCAUUGCCUAGGAGAAGCGCACGGGUCCUCCAAAAUUUAUUAGCUGCGGAAUCCGAUGAUGACGAGUACGAUGAUGACCCUGAUGUGGAAGCACAGCGACUGCUUCAACAAUUUCUAUCUCCGAAGGAAUUAUCUUUGACGUCAAGAGAGCCGAAUCCAUUAAAGAGAAAGGCUGAAUACCUCACUGAUAGGCAGAAGUCUCCUUUUGUAGUGGCUAACUCGUCCCCACCGAUACCUGAAAUUAAUUCUGAAAAUCAUCUUACAAAUGAAUUUCCUAAAACGAGCAGUACAACUACCGAGAAAAUUGCCCUGGAUAAGAAUGGUAACUUGGAAAGUCAACUCCCCGGCAUGAUUGAGAAUGAUGGCUCGCUGGAUUGCACCCAUAACUGGCCUGAAGAAGCUAUUAAUGCUCGUGAUGGGUGCUACACAAUUCCAGAUGGCACUAGCAGAACAUGGGCUUUGUUGCCCGAAGCAACGCAGUGUGAUGAUAACAAUGCGCUACAGUCGGGAACUUCCUAUGUUGAGUCCUCCCAAUCUCCCUGCUCCCAUAAUACGUCAUGGACUCUUCCUUCAUCUGUUUCUUUACGCUCUCGCUCAUCAGCGUCUCCUGGAAAUCCACAACAUCCUAUAAUUCCUCCUAAACGGCCACGAGGGAGGCCACCAGGUUCGUUAAACAUGUCGAAAAGAAAUCAGGACACAACCCCAAGGCGGCGAUCUCGCCGUGAAAGACAGCAGCCACAUAAUUACUACGCCAUACCCCCCGGGUUUGCCGAUCUCGAAGAUAACCACGAACCUGAAGUCCCUGAAGAAUCUGUUGAACUGCAGUUCCCGCCACAGAUCCCAAGUUUGGCCAGAAAACGAGCUGACACAGUCACUUCUCGGUGGAUACACCGAUCAAGGACAUCAUGUAUUUUGCAAGAAUUACUUUCUCCUCAGUGCUUGAACGGGGAUGAUUCGCUGGAUCCACUCCCCUACAUCCCAACAGAUGAGCGGAUCUACCGCUCAAGGCUACUAUCAACAGGAAAUAAAAAUCGUGGCAUUAUUUUCAUUUCGCAUGUAGACUUCUCUAAGAGCGAGAUGCAGACGAUCUACACCCUUCUGUGUGGCGAUCCUAUGCCAGAGGACGAGACGCCCAUUCAGGAUCAUCUCGCUAAAGCUAUUCAAUUCAUUGAUGUUAAACAGCUUACCGAAAGAAUCCGACGGUUGAAAUAUUUGGAUGCUCUUCUACCCCCUGUUUUCGAUGCGGAUUGUCUAUAUCUCCCUCAAUCAGAGGAAUGUGACAUCGUCAAGGGGUUACAACGCAGAAAAGCCAGCUCCAUCUUACAGUUCCUCUUAGAUGGGCAGUCAAAGACUCUCUCCAGCAUACCUUCGAGACUUGUGGUAUAUCCAUAUCCGCCCUCCACACCGCAAGUAUUAGCCAGCUCAGAUGACAAGUUGCCGUCUGCACUACUGCGGUCCCGUCAACUAGGUCUCACACACCAUAGAGGACGAAGGCCUGUAAAUUCCACCCUACGCGCCCUGCGAUCCCGGAAAUGGGACUUGUGGAAAACCUGGAAGGGCGCCUCUCACGAUGUCAUGGUGGUAUCAUGGGCUCCAGAUGGGACCCGAUUUGUGGCAGGGACCACCACACAUUGUGAAGAUAACAACAUGCAAUACAAUCGUAAUAACAACUUGCUGUUAGGGGACCUGGUUACAGAUUCAAUAAGAGAACUGCCUGACCAUAGAUGCAGUCAGUGGUCGAGUACCAUUUAUAUACCGCUAGUUAUGACAAACAAUCAGAGUUUGGGACACACAACCAGUACCGGUUGCAAGAUAGCAGCCCAGUCCGAAUCUGGUCCGCUAUGUCAAACGGCACGUACACUUGUGCUGAGCUACAUAAAUAUCCAGGCUAUUCACCCUCAUCAUUGGCCUGGGGCACCAGCUCUUCCUGCAAUUGAGGCUCCCAACGUGCACAUCUUUGCAGAGUGGGAGAUGUCCUUGCAUAUAUCUGAUAUAAAAUGGCACCCAACAAAACCGAUGUUUAUUGCUGGAUGCUCUACCCCACACAGCUCAACUUGGACCAAUGCCCGUUCAAUUGUCCGGCUCUACGAUCCGCUGAGGUCAAAGCACGAAGUUAGCUCCUUUCAGUGCCCAGCCUUGGAUAUCAAUGAAGUUACAUUCUGCCCGAGUGAUGAUAAUUAUAUCACGAGUAGCUGCACUGAUAAUAUAACCUACGUUUGGGAUCGCCGCAAUCCAUCCAGUAUCUUGCAUAAGCUUGGACACGGAAAGCCCAUCCUUCAACUAGAUACAUCUAGGACACAAGAAGAGGAUGACACGGGUGUUUGUUUCGCCGCCUGGAGUGGCUCUACUUUUUAUACAGGAGGCUCAGAUGGAGUAGUUAAGUCAUGGGAUACAAGGCGGUCUACGGACGACGUGAUUUUUGAGGAUAUUGCCAGUUUCAGUCAUGGAGUUAUGUCUGGGAAGUUAUCCCCUGAUCAUACAAACAUGCUAAUUGGUGAUAGUGGUGGAUCAGUCCAUGUCCUCUCUACGGCACCUUUUAGCCGUAGAAACGGCCCAGAUCUAACUUACCAUGCCGCUGAGGUAAAUGCUCAAGUUAGUGAUAACGAUGAGGAGUCUAUAGCUGGCAUUUUGGAGGCAAGGAAAUUUGUAGCUUCUGGAGGGCUCACGCGUCAUCCGGUAUUUGGAUUUGGUAAAGGCCCUUUGUACAAAGGGCCUUACGCUACUUGGGCUCGACCACCGGGUAUAUCUCCAGACGAGAUACCACAUACCCCUUUAGAACCAUACCUUCAAGCCUUGCAGUUGAAUGGGCCACCCACCCACCAACGACAACUUCUCACACCAGAAAAGCAAGAAACUGUUUACCGGAAUAUCUCCCUAGCUUGGGCUAGAAAUCUGCAAAGCGUGCCUGGCAAGCCCCCCCGCAAGGCUCGCCGUCUCGACCAGACGGUCACGCCAACAGCCUCUCAAAGGCCCCAAGGUUAUAUGAAAGAAGUAAUUGAGAUCAGCAGUGAUGAAGGCGACAUGGACUCCCGCAGACGAACCCGCAAGCUUCCACUGCGCUCCCGAACCAUGCUAGCUACGUCGUCACCGUCUAGGGCACGAUACCGCAACAUUAAAAACAAAUCUCGUUCACCAAAAAAGCGCGUAUUCAUUGACUUAACUGGUGACGAUUCGGACGACGACAGCUUUCCAUCCUCAUCUUCCAUCUCCUCAUACGCAACAUGCGUUCUCAACCAAGACCAAAUGCCCUGCAAAAGGGAGGAAGACGAUCCUGAGGAUGACCAUUGGUGGCCUGUGAGUGAAGACAUCGCUAAGUUUAGCCUUUAG